UUCCGGCGGUGGAGCCGGCGGCAUGGGGGUCACCUGCGUGUCGCAGGUGCCGGUGGCCGAGGGCAAGAGCGUGCAGCAGACGGUGGAGCUGCUGGCGCGGCGGCUGGAGGCGCUGGGCGCGGACAAGCAAGGGACGUUCGGCGUGGACUGCGAGACCUAUCACACCGCGGCCGCCCUCGGCACGCAGGGGCAGACAGGGAAGCUGAUGUACGUCAUGCACAACUCCGAGUACCCCCUGAGCUGCUUCGCCCUCUUCGAGAACGGGCCCUGCCUCGUGGCCGACACCAACUUUGACACCCUCAUGGUGAAGCUCAAGGGCUUCUUCCAGAACGCCAAGGCCAACAAGAUCGAGAGCCGCGGCACCCGCUACCAGUACUGCGACUUCCUGGUGAAGCUGGGCACCGUCACCAUGGGCCCCAGCGCCAGGGGCAUCUCCGUGGAGGUGGAAUACUGCCCCUGUGUGAUCGCCAACGACUGCUGGAACCUGCUGAUGGAGUUCAUGCAGAGCUUCAUGGGCAGCCACACGCCCGGGGUCCCGCCGGUGUUCAGCUCCAAGCACGACAGCACCUACAGCCCCGGGGACACCAUGGUGCAGUACAUGGAGCUCUUCAACAAGAUCCGCAAGCAGCAGCAGGUGCCCGUGGCUGGCAUCAGGUGAAGAGGAGCCCUGGAGCUCCUGGCUGCAUCCUGAACCUGGCUGGAGUCCCUCCAGAUUCCCUGGAAUUCCUGACUGCAUCCUGGUCCUGGGAUCCCCAGUCCCUCCAGAUCCCUCCUGGCUGCAUCCUGAUCCUGGCUGGAGUCCCUCCAGAUUCCCUGGAAUUCCUGACUGGAGCAGGAGUCCCUGCAGAUCCCCUGGAGCUCCUGGCUGCAUCCUGAUCCCUCCAGAUCCCUCCUGGCUGUGUCCUGAUCCUGGCUGGAUCCCCUGGAAUUCCUGACUCAUCCUGGUCCUGGCUGGAGCAGGAAUCCCUCCAGAUCCCCUGGAAUUCCCGACUCAUCCUGAUCCUGAGAUCCCCAGUCCCUCCAGAUCCCUCCUGACUGCAUCCUGAUCCUGGCUGGAGUUCCUCCAGAUCCCCUGGAAUUCCCGACUCAUCCUGAUCCUGGCUGGAGCAGGAGUCCCUCCAAAAUGUGGCACAGGAGGCAGCCCCAGGAGUUUUUCCCUUCUGGAUCUUUCCCGUUUCAAAGCUUUGCCGUGUUUAAUUCUGGGUGUCGUCCAUGGUUUGGGAUUAUUGAAUCCAUUGGUUGUGUGGGUUUUUUUGGACAGUGUUUCAUGCAGGGAAUCACUGUUUAUCCACAGGGAAAAGAGAAAUUCCAGCCAAAAGCAAGGGCAAAGCUUCUGAGACUACAGAAAUCUCUUACAUUUUUAUUUUUUUAUAUCCACAGCGGUGUUUUGUUGUAUUUCACCCCAAUAAAAGGCUGCUUUGGGAGGA